CCUCGCACCAAACCCCAAAAACACCAUGUCAUCCCCAACACUACUAACCCCAACUUCCAAGCUCAAACCCCUCCUCCCCGUCAAACCCAAAACCACCUCCGCAGUUCCGCCGCCCUCCUAUCCUCCGCAACUCCACCAGCCUUCUCGGCGACAAUUGUUGUCCCUCACCGCCGUAACUUCCACAUUAUCUCUUUCAUCGCUUCUGCCAGUGACACCACCGGCGUUCGCCGCCGCCGACGAGGAGUACGUGAAAGAGACCUCCGAUGUCAUCAACAAGGUGCGGAGCACCAUAAACAUGGACAAGAACGACCCCAACGUGGCGACGGCGGUGGCUGAGCUUAGAGAUACGUCGAACAGUUGGGUGGCGAAGUACAGAAGAGAGAAAUCUUUGCUGGGGAGAGCUUCGUUCCGUGAGAUUUACUCGGCAUUAAACGCAGUUUCCGGACAUUAUAUUAGCUUCGGGCCGACAGCGCCGAUCCCGGCGAAGUGAAAGGCGAGGAUCCUCGAAGAGAUGGACACUGCCGAGAAAGCUUUGUCGCGAGGAAGAUGAACAAAAACCCAGUACUGGUUGAAAUUUCGAGAUUUAAACGGCUAUGGUGUUUAAAUUUAUUGAGUUUUUAUUAAGAUUGCAAAUUCAGACUCAGUUCGUGAAUUAUGAGAAAGGAAAUUUCCGAGUCAAU